UCUGAGAUCAAUCAACAGAAAAAGAAAAGGAAAUAAAAAUUGUCACAUCGAGAGAGAGAGAGAAAAAGAGAUGGAAUCGGAGGAGGACAAGAUAGAGCUCAUACAGAUUGCAAUACAACAACUAAUGGAAGAAGAAAAGACUGAUUACAACAAAGACCAAACCCUCCUCCUCUCCAGAUUGCUUGCUCAGUUGGAAACAUUCAAAGUAGAUAACGAACUUCUGCAACCUGAACCAUCAUCUGAUCCAAUAGGGGUAGCUUUCCCUGCAGAUGGCAUAUUGGGGACAGUGACGGGGGCUUCUGAAGAGGUGGAUGGCGGUAGCAUUGAAGUUGGAAGAGAUGAGAUUGUCAAAGAGCGUAGAGAGGUUAAGAGGCAGAAUUUCGUAACUCAUUGCCUUCUUUCAGCUGUGAUUGUCCUCACUCUUGCAUGGCAGAUAUCUGAGUUCUCUCUAAUCUUGAAAGUUAAAAAUGGAUUGACCAAUCCUUUUGGUUUUGUCGGUGGCAUGCUCACAGGGUUCCUAAAACGUCCCGGUAAGAAUGACCAGGACGGGGAGAAACAAUCCUCGUCAACCCAAAAGCAUACUGAAGCCCCUGCACUCCCAGUCAAGAUUUCGGAACUUCCUCAAAUCGUACAGGACUUGGGUUUGGAUGGGGAUGAUGAAAAGUGAUGAAUUCUUACUCCUGUGUCCGAAAUGAGCCGGGGAAAAGAAAGGGGUACUAGGAAACCUGUCUCCCCAGUCAACAUUGUCCUCCUAUCUUUGUUGCAAAAUUGUACAAGACAAUUUAUGAUAUUGUUUAAUUGUUAAAUGUGAGUGAUGAAGAAGCAUUUCUGGUAGAA